UUGGCCUCGAAUCCCUCGCUCGAUCGUGAUCGGUGUACGGAGGGGCUGAAGCGAAUCCGGUCGUAGUCCUCCAAUUCGAGGCUUCCUUUGCUUGGCCUCCUCCCGUCGACGCCAGAUCGGAGCGCCGACACCUUUCUUCGACCCAGAAACAACUGCAGGUGCGACAAGACGCGCGACGGCCGGCGGCCACUGCAAAUCUGGAACCCCUCACUCGAUCGGGAUCCUGGUUCGGAGGGUCUGGAGCGAAUCCUCACCUAGUUCUACAAAUCGAGGUUUGAUCUCGAUCCAAAAAGGUUGCAAUGCUGGAAUUUUUCCAGAAGAAGCUGAACCAAGUUGACAACAGAGCUAGGUUCCUCUCUGGUGUUCUGAGUGGUGAUAUCAAGAUCAUUCCCAGGAAGCAAAAGGAUCUGCUACAAGAGAUUGCUGAAAAGGGAUUUGAUACCCUCCCAAAGGAAGUUCUGCCCGCUGCCGUAGGAGCAACAAUAUACAGGGAAGAAAAUGGAAGAAGCCCUGAUGUACAUGCCAGUGAUUAUGAUUAUCUCACCUCCAUGACAAUUUCUGCCUUAAAUGAGGGGUACCUGGAGCAUCUUCUAGAACUAAAGAAGAGGUUUGAAACUAAAGUUGGACUCCUGAGAAGAGCUACACCGGAAUGUCUGAAAUCUGCAAAGAAACGAACUCAGAUAACUCUUGAUAUACAGUUGCUUGAUGCAAACUAUAUAAAAGCUCAAUCAGAUAGAAAGGUUGUGAUAGUCAUUGAUUGCAAACGUUGCAAACACAACAAUGCAUUUGAAGCAGCCCCCAGGACACAUCAUAAAAGGACUGCAGCCGAGUAUCUUGAGGCAAGUGUGGUGCUGAUGGAUGAUGAUGAGGACCAUCUUGCUGGAAGUCUCGAGGCCCAAGAAUUUAGUGAGACUGAGAACACACAAAAGCAACAAAGCAAAGAAGCAGAGGAAACAAAGAAAGAAGCGGAGGAAAGAAGAAAGCAAAACAGGAGCAAUACCUUGCACUACCGGAAAACGGCUCUACCCCGACGGCCGCCGUCGGCCUACUUUGAGCUAUGCCGACAGCCACGUCCUGGCCGUUGGCGUAUCUUGGCCGUCGGGCUACCACGAGCUAAGCCGACGGCACCCGUCGGCAUAAAAUUGUCGUCGGCCCAGCUGCGAACACGCCGACAGCAACCGUCGGCAUAAAUAGGCCGUCGGCAUACCCGUGGGCCCGGCGACCCCGCCCGUGAUCAGCGGCUAACGUCGUCAAAUCUAUGCCGACGGCCGGGACGGGCGGCUGUCGGCAUAUAACCUCAUGCCACGUCACCGAUCCGCGGCGCACCGUCCAGCAGAUAUGCCGACUGCCACGUCAGCGAUCCGCGGCACGCCGCCCACCUAAACCCUGCCGUUUAUAUGCCGACGGCAUUGCCGUCGGCAUAUUAACUGACA